GGCACCACCGCCGCGGCCGUUGAUUGCCAGUGUGAGUCGGCAGAAUGGCCCUGGUGCCGUACCGAGUGGCGGGCGCCGCCGCCGACCAACGCGCAGAUGUGCGGCUGCUGCAGCUGCCCGGCGGCGUCACGUUGCGCCUGCACCAGUGGGCGGCGCUGUCGGGCGCGGGGCCGCCGCCGGCAGUGCUGGCGGCGGCGGUGGCGGCCACGGUGCACGCGGCGAGCGGUGCAGCGCCUGGGGCGGCUGGGUUGCCGGCGGGGAAGGCGCAGGCGUGCGGCGCAGCGGAGUCUGCGGCGGGGUCUGCUGUGACGGCAUCGGAAGUGUUGGCAGUGGCGGCGUCAGCAGUUGGCGCACGUGGUGGGCUGGGGUUGGGCAUGCAACCUGGCGUUCGCGGACUGGGCGGCAGCAGCCUUGACACCAGCCACAGCCACGGCCACCACGCUGCAGCUGCUGCCGCUACUGCUGCUGGGCACCAACGCCUUGACACUGCAGAGACCGCACCAGGCGCCUCAACCGGAGCGCCGCCUGCCACCAGCCCGGCGGCGGCAGCCGCCGCCACCAACGCCGCUACCGCUGCCCCGGGCUCUGGUGCCGCGCCCAUGGAGUGGUCUGGGCCGCCGUUGUCGUCGUUGGCCAACGUGGGCCUGGUGGUCUGGCAGGCCGGCUACCUGCUGGCAGAACACCUGCUGCGCACCGCGCCGCUGGACCCGCGCUCGCCGCACUGCUGGCUGAGGGCCAGCGCGGGGCGCCGCUGCGCGCGCCUGGCGGUGCGCAGUGCCGCCGCCGCCGGAGCGGCGGAUGCCGCGGCAGCGGCGGCGGCGGCGCCUGCCGGCGCCACCGCCGGCUGGGAGGUUGUGGACGUGGACCUGAGCUCCUGGCGCGGCGUGGCGGUGGUGGAUUUGGGCACGGGGCCGGGCACCGUGGGCCUGGCGCUGGCGGCGGCGGGCGCCGACGUGGCGCUGACGGACCUGCCGCACGUGCUGCCGCUGGCGGCGGCUAACCUGGCGGCGAACCGGGAUCCGAACUCGCAGCUGCUGGGCCCCGGCGGCGGCCGCGCGGCCGUGGUGCCGUACAGCUGGGGUGAGGACCCGGCCGCGGCGGCGGCGCCGCCGCUGGCGGUCGCGGCGGGUGGCGCGGCGAGCGACGGGCCGGGUGGUGGGUGGCUGUGCGCUCCGGCGCCGCUGGCCGCGCUGGUGGCGGCCGGAACGGCUGCUGGCGGCGGCGGCGAUAUUGGCUGUGCCGGAGGCGCGGCAGCGUCAGCGGCUGACGUUGCUGCCGCCGCUGGAUGCGGCGCCGUGCCAAGUGACGGCCCGGACCUGAUUACGGCCGCCGACGUACUGUAUCACCCGGAGCUGCUGCCGGCGUUGGUGGGUGCGCUGCAGAGGCUUGCGGCGCCGCACACGGUGGCGUAUGUGUCGUUCAGGGUGCGGCACGGCGGCGAGGUGGGGUCCUUCAUGUCGCUGGCGGAGGCGGCGGGCUUCGCGGCGGAGGAGCUGCCGGCAGCUGCCCUGCACCCAGAGUUCCGGGGCAUGGCAGGAGGAGGCGGAGCCGAGGAGCGCGGGGGCGGCGGCCGCGGGGACAGCGAUGGCGGCUCGGACGCGGGCAGCUCUGCUGAUGGAGGCGGCGUCGGAGGCGGAGGGGGCGGCGGUGUGGAGGGGGUGGAUGACAUGGAGGUGGACGCGGAGGGAGGUGGGGAUGCCCCGCCGCAAGGGCGCCGGGCCCGGCGGCUGAGGCCGGUGGGCAGCUACGGCAUUGUUAGGCUGUGCCGGCGUGAUGCCCACUUUCACGUGGCUGCUGGUGAGGCGGUGUAGGGACCGAUGCAACCUGGUGAAUUCGAGGCCGGCUUAGGGGCUGCCGGUGGCAUUGCGCAGGUUUGCGCUUGUGUGUAACACGCCGAGCGCUGAUUGAUGGGUCGUAAAGGCAUGUAAAGCGAGCAGACA